AAAAUAACUGAUCAGUGAGAGGGAGGCCUAUGGACGGCUGCUGAAUAAAAGUCGACCACGAUUGAGACCACCCGCAGCUGAUCUGCUUGGGUUUGCGGCCUUGAAAACGCCCACUACACCGCGCCAUAAUCUCAAAUGUCCGGCCAGAAGCACGCUCUAUGUCCAACUCCCGACUGCCCUCGCGGUACCAGGCCCAUCUGAGGACGCCUUCUCCCGAUCCUGAUGCUGGUCUCCGUGACUUGGACCACUACGAGAGGCGUCUUCCACGUUGGCGACAUCUCCUGCGACAAUGGCUGAUCCCGAUCGUGAGACGGGAAACACCCUAUCUUGCUUCACUGCAGGAUGCCUUACGAUCACGAUGGCUGGAUUCGUACUUUGCCAUGACGGCUAAUCUGGGCACGCAUACCUUCUUCAUGACGGCCCUUCCGAUCUGCUUCUGGUGUGGCUAUGCCGAGCUCGGAAUCGCAUUGGUGCAUAUGCUGGCUGCCGGUGUGUACUUGAGCGGAUACGUGAAGGAUCUCGUCUGUUUACCUCGCCCGCUUUCGCCGCCUCUUCAGCGGAUCACGAUGUCCGGCUCUGCGGCGCUGGAGUAUGGGUUCCCUUCCACACACACAACAAACGCCGUGUCGGUCGCCUUUUACUGCCUCCACAACUUGUGGUCUACGCAGGAUGAAUACUCUACCUGGCAAUACCGAUUGCUGGUCUCGGCUUGUGUUUGUUAUGCAACUUCGAUCAGUGUCGGACGGAUGUACUGUGGCAUGCAUGGCUUCUUCGAUGUACUGGUGGGAGCACUUCUAGGACUCCUGAUUACGAGUCUGAGGGUCACAUUCGGCCCAGCGCUUGAUAUCUGGUUAAUCUCUGGCAGUUGGAUUCGCCCUGCUAUUGCGGUCUUCAUCCUCGGACUUGCAGUUCGCUUCCAUCCGGAGCCGGCGGACAAUUGUCCGUGCUUCGAUGAUAGCGUCGCCUUCCUCGGUGUCGUGAUGGGCAUCAGCAUCGGCACAUGGAACUACGCACAUUUGCUGUACGGGCCUUCUGAUCGCGACGCUCACAUCUCGCACAUGUACCGCACUUCAAAUGCCGACGUCACCAAGGUAGCGGCACGACUGAUCAGCGGCAUCAUCAUGAUCUUCAUCUGGCGCGCCGUAAUGAAGCCUCUGCUUCUGCGUGUACUGCCUCCGGUAUUUCGAUUCGUCGGAUACUACGGGGUCCGUAUCCCUCGCAGAUACUUCUUGCAGUCCAGGGACUACAACACUGUGCCCACUCUCCGCAAAGACGACAAGGUCUUGCCGCCAGCGAGAGAGAUCCCAGGCAUGCUCUCGACGAUUGGGAGGCGAAAGAGAACGAUCUCUAUUGGACCCCAAUCCGAAGCCGACGCCAGAGAGUUCAUCGCGAAUCGUGAUCAGGUUCGGCGGGGAGAGAAGUUGGCCAGCGAGAUCAAGGCCAGAUCAUCGGCGUCUUCUCAAUCUGCCACGGACAGCAUGAAUGCGGCUAUAUUGACUCCAGAUGAGCCUCGUGGGAACUCGUCCUAUCUCACCGUGAAGGGUACUGCGUCGGUUCCAUCGCUGCAGGUCAGUGGAGUGGAUGGCGUGCUGACACCACCGCAGAGUGACCACGGCACUUCAAGCGACAGUGGCAAGGAGGAACAGACGAACGAUCGUCGGCUGUUUUCGAUGCUGGAGAAGCCGCGAGUUCGUUACGAUGUGGAAGUCAUCACGAAGCUCAUUGUGUACACGGGUAUUGCGUGGCUGGCCGCCGAAGGCAACCUGUUGCUGUUUGGGCGAUUUGGUGUG